AUGCGUCACCGCGUCGCGCGCGGUCACGCGCGGGCACGCGUCGCGCGCACCGAUGUCGUCGAUGUCGACGUCGACGCGUCGAUCGACGCGACGGGGGCGACGCGAUUGAGAAAACAAAAAAAAAGCCGAGAAAAAAACGACACGAAAACGACGACGCGCGGUGACGUCACACCUCGCCAGGAUGAUCGCAUCGCGCGCGUUCGCGGUCGACGCCGCGUCGCGUCUCGCGCGACGACCUCUCACGCGGUACGCGACCGCGGGGCGCGAUCGAGUGGACGACACGUCACGCGGGCGAGCGCGGGGGAAAAGCGCGCGGUGUGCGUGCUCACGGGUACCGCCGGCGUGAGCGGCGUGCUCAAGUUGAGCCAAAACGGCGACGGCGCGACGAAAAUCGUGGGUUCCAUCACCGGCCUCGCCCCGGGGAAGCACGGUUUGCACAUUCACGAGUUCGGUGACACCACGAACGGGUGCAUGUCCACGGGACCGCACUUUAACCCGAACAAGAUGGAUCACGGCGCGCCGACGGAUGCGGUGCGACACGCGGGCGAUCUCGGAAACGUCGACGCGAGCGCCACGGGGUGCGAUUUUACGAUUGAAGACUCGCAGAUUCCGCUCUCGGGGGCGAACUCCAUCAUCGGUCGCGCGUUCGUGAUUCACGAGCUCGAGGAUGACCUCGGCAAGGGAGACUCGUCGGAGAUCGGCACCCAGGGCAAGACGUCCAAGACGACGGGUAACGCCGGCGCGCGCUUGGCGUGCGGCGUCAUCGCGCUCACCAACGCCUGA